AUGUCUAGCAAUAACUGCACUGCUGUGACUGAAUUCACUAUUUUGGGCUUAACAGAGGAUUCAACCUUUUGUGUCAUUCUUUUUGUAAUAUUUUUCAGUGUCUAUACUGUCACCUUAGUCAGUAAUCUUAGCAUAAUCAUAUUGAUCAGAAAUAGCUCCCAACUUCACACUCCAAUGUACCUUUUCCUCAGCCAUUUGGCUUUUAUAGACACUGCCUAUUCCUCUUCUGUCACACCUGUUAUGCUCAAGAACUUCCUUGUGGACAAAAUCACAAUCCCUUUUCAAGGGUGUGUGGCCCAAAUGUGUUGCGGAGCCACCUUUGGGACAGCUGAGUGCUUCCUGCUGGCUGUGAUGGCCUAUGAUCGGUAUGUGGCCAUUUGUAGCCCUCUUCUCUACUCCACAACCAUGUCUACUAGGGUUUGCCUUCUUUUACUCAUCACAUCUUAUCUGGGAAGUUGUGUAAAUUCUUCAGUCGCUGUUGGUUGCUUAUUGAUUCGGUCCUUCUGUGGACCCAAUAAGAUCAAUCAUUUUUUCUGUGACUAUUCCCCAUUUCUGAAGCUUUCCUACACCCAAAGUAAUUUCACUGAAAUUCUUCCUGCUGCUUCUUCUGGAUUAGUUGUUGUGAUCACAGUGUCAAUUAUUGUAAUCUCUUAUGUCUAUGUCCUCUUUUCUGUCCUGAAGAUAAGCUCCAGUGAAGGGCGAUCCAAAGCUUUCUCAACUUGCACCUCCCACCUCACAGCAGUCACUCUGUUCUAUGGAACCGCCACAUUCAUUUAUAUAAUGCCUAACUCCAGCUACACAACUGACGAGAACAAAGUAGUUUCUAUUUUCUACAUUGUAAUCAUCCCUAUGUUGAACCCCCUGAUCUAUAGUCUCAGGAACAAUGAAAUAAAAGGGGCCCUGAAAAAACUAAUGAGUAGGAAACUUAUUUUUUCAUGA